UCCGAACCGCUGAGUUGCCUGCCAAGAUUACCUAAAUUUUACAUGCGCCCAAUCCAUGCCAAUGCCGGAACCGCAGAAAACAUAGGUACAAGUAGGUACAGUAGCACCCCGCCAAAGCUUCUGCAAGGUCGAUUUAAGUACCCCACUAUAAAGUUUGAAAUAAUUUUGUUGUCAUAGUCUUAACUCACAACCGUCACAGCCGCUUCUUCAUUCUUCCUACCAAUACAGUAGACACUAGCUAUAUUUUGUUAUUUCGACAUGCCGGGAACUACUGUUGACCCAAUUGAUACCACAACGGCCAAUGGCACUAGCAAUGGUGUCAAUGGUCAUGUUCCGCGAACCCCUUCCUUAUCAGGCUUGUCUCUUACUGAGUACAGCGCAAACCCGUCGCCGCCAUCGGAGCGAAGACCACAGAGAAUCAGACAGAUUAUACCAGAAGAAUUCAUCUUGCCUAACGGGCACCCUGAUUACCUCCGUCUAAUUCUUACCUCGAGGGUAUACGAAGCAUGCAAAGAAACCUCCCUUACGCUCGCCACGAACCUUUCCAACCGAUUCGAAUGCAAUGUCUUACUCAAGAGAGAAGACGAACAGCCCGUCUUCAGCUUCAAGCUACGCGGGGCCUACAAUAAGAUGGCACAUUUGGACCGAGGCCAAAGCUGGAAAGGUGUGGUUGCUUGCAGUGCUGGAAAUCAUGCUCAAGGAGUAGCUUACUCCGCAAGACUCCUCAAGAUACCUGCGACUAUCGUUAUGCCCUCGGGCACCCCAAGCAUUAAGCACAAGAAUGUCUCGAGAUUGGGUGGUUGUGUUGUACUUCACGGUGCAGACUUCGAUGCUGCUAAGGAAGAAUGCGCGAGGCUAGAGCAACAACACGGUCUCAUCAACAUCCCACCCUUCGACGACCCUUACGUUAUUGCCGGACAAGGAACCAUUGGUAUGGAACUAUUGCGGCAAACAAAUAUCCAAAAGCUUGAAGCCAUAUUCUGCUGUGUAGGCGGAGGUGGUCUUAUCGCAGGCAUUGGAGUUUAUGUAAAGCGCAUUGCACCCCACGUCAAAAUCAUUGGAGUCGAAACCGAAGACGCCAAUGCAAUGGUUCAAUCCCUACGACAAGGGAAGCGGGUAGUAUUGAAGGAGGUAGGCCUAUUCGCAGAUGGAGCUGCAGUGAAGACGGUUGGGGAGGAGACAUUCCGCAUAUGCCAAGAGGUGAUCGACGAUGUUAUCGAGGUAAACACCGACGAGACCUGUGCCGCUAUCAAGGAUGUAUUCGAAGACACCCGCUCGAUAGUAGAACCGGCAGGCGCUCUGGCACUUGCCGGUUUGAAGAAGUGGGUGGUUGCGAACCCAUCGAGCGAUACGAACCGUUCCGUUAUCGCUAUUACCAGUGGCGCGAACAUGAAUUUCGAUAGGUUGCGGUUUGUAGCGGAACGUGCAACUCUCGGCGAAGGCAAAGAGGCGUUGCUCCGCGUGAGCAUCCCAGAAAAGCCGGGUGCAUUCGCUGAAUUGGUUAACCAACUCAUGCCUCACGCUGUCACCGAGUUCUCUUACCGCUACGCCACCAGCGAGGUGGCAAACAUUCUAGUCGGUAUAUCGUUGACCGGUGCUGCAUCAGAGCGGGUGCAGGAGCUCCAAGGCUUGAUUGACCGAAUCAAUAGCACCGGUAUGAUAGCUACGGACUUGUCGGGUGAUGAGCUUGCCAAGUCGCAUAUCCGAUAUCUGGUGGGCGGCCGGUCAGACGUGGCGAAUGAAAGAUUAUACAUGUUCAACUUCCCCGAACGCCCCGGCGCGCUGGAGAAGUUCUUAAGGACAUUGCGCCUGCGGUAUAACAUCAGUCUGUUCCAGUACCGGAACGGUGGUAGUGACGUGGGUAAGAUAGUAACGGGUAUACAAUGCCCUGAUGCGGAGGUGGCGGACCUAGAGCGGUCUUUCAAGGAGAUCGGAUACCCGUGGGAAGAUUGCACACAAAGCGCUGUUUUUCGGACAUUUCUGAGAAGUUAGAGGAGAGAAGUUAGGCUGGGCGAUGCGAGAUGCUUCUAAGUAAACUGGGAAUUUAUGAUCGAGUAUGGAACUAGAUGGAGUUUACGGACGUGCGCUGUGUUAUACACUAUUUUAUGAUACUUUAGAGUAUUGACCAAUGUCGUAAAUGAUGAUACCAAAUAAAAAAAGAGGUUCUAGUAUUUACCAUUGUGUCCGU